AUGUUUCACCACAGGGAGGCAGCCCAAGCCAACAGGUCCAUUACUGAGAGAGGAGAGGAGAGAGGGGCAAGUAGAGCAAGAGGCGGGGCUUUGGCUGCGGGCGGACUGCGGCAGCAACACGAGUGGUGUGACCCUUUUGAGAGGGCAGGCCACCUAUCACAGAGCGGCUCAGGGGAUGCAACAGUAAUCCAGGAAAAAACACCAUUGUUAGUGGGAUAUUUGCUGAAGUGGGACCUACCUCCAGCCAGCUCUGAGUAUCCCGCCAAGACACGUCCCAAGGAGCACCGCACUCAUUAA